CCCAAGGAAGUCUGCUUUUUUUUUUUUUUUUUUUUUGGCCUCACAAUCAAACAUGUAAACAACACAUUUCCCCCGAGUUCAUGUACCCCUGUAGCCUCUUCUUUGUUCCAUACAUAUCCUGUCAUCUUAGAUUGUGAAGACCUACCCAAUCAUUUUUUCAAACCUAUCAUCAGAAAUUAAUCUGUUGAAUUAUAAAAAUUUUCAAAUAGAAAGUUCACCCUUCCAUUUUCCCGAAAGAUGUAGUAGAACAGCCAGAAAGCCAGUCUAUCUGAAAUUAAAAUGCACAGCUUUGAGGCUUAUUUGACACGGAAUAAUUAUUUAUGUAGUCUGCUAGCCAAGCAUAGAGAUUGCUAAUGUCUGCCCUUGAGGGAAAUGAACUGUGUGAAAAAUUUCAAGCAAACACGAUCCAGCUGCUCACAGAAAAGAAGGAGGCAGAAGUCCACUGUGCUUCCCUCCAAAUGGCCCGGAUCAGCACGUACUGCACCUUUUCCACCAAUUAAAGUCACAAACAGAUGAACUUUUCGGGGGAGGAGGACCAUCAUGCCCUCUCCACAGAUGGUCAGCAUCACAUGUAAUGGCUCAGCACAUCACAAGGGUGCCAUAUAAAGAUGGGCGGACCCAGAGCUCCGCAGUUCCAGUGGCUUCAGGUUUAGACCCGCAUCUUCUCAUGAUGGAUUUCCUUCACAGGAGUGGAGUGCUCAUUAUUCAGCAUCUACAGAGAGACUACAGGGCUUACUACGAUUUUCUAAACUUUAUGUCCGAUGUUGGAGACCCCCGGAAUAUCUUUUCUGUCUACUUCCCACUUUGGUUUCAACUGAAUCAGACCGUUGGAACCAAGAUGAUAUGGGUGGCCGUCAUAGGGGACUGGUUCAAUCUUAUAUUCAAGUGGAUAUUAUUUGGGCAUCGUCCUUACUGGUGGAUCCAAGAAACUCAGAUUUACCCAAAUCACUCAAGCCCAUGUCUUGAACAAUUUCCUACUACAUGUGAAACAGGCCCAGGAAGUCCAUCUGGUCACGCAAUGGGCUCAUCGUGUGUCUGGUAUGUCAUGGUAACAGCUGCCCUGAGCUUCACCGUCAGCCAGCUGGAGAAGUCCUCUGUCACUCUGCACAGACUGGCCUGGUCCUUCCUUUGGAGUGUUUUCUGGUUGAUUCAAAUCAGCGUCUGCAUCUCCAGAGUAUUCAUAGCAACACAUUUCCCUCAUCAGGUCAUUCUUGGAGUCAUUGGUGGGAUGCUAGUAGCAGAGGCCUUUGAACACACUCCAGGAAUCCACAUGGCCAGCUUGAAUAUGUACCUGAAGACCAACAUCUUCCUCUUCCUAUUUGCACUUGGCUUUUACCUGCUUCUCAGACUGCUUGACAUUGACCUGCUGUGGUCUGUGCCUAUAGCCAAAAAGUGGUGUGCCAACCCAGACUGGAUCCACAUGGACAGCACGCCUUUUGCUGGACUUGUGAGAAACCUCGGGGUUCUCUUUGGCUUGGGUUUUGCCAUCAACUCAAAAAUGUUCCUUGUGAGCUGCCGGGGAGAAAAUGGCUGCAGGCCGAGCUUCCGGUUGCUCUGUGCGGUGACCUCACUGGCCACAUUACAACUUUAUCACUUCAUCAAGAUCCCAACUCACACGGAACCUUUAUUUUACCUGUUGUCUUUCUGUAAAAGUGCAUCCAUCCCACUGACUGUGGUGGCUCUAAUCCCUUAUGGUGUCCAUAUGUUAAUGAGAGCCAGGGAGAAGAAGAUUAAAUAGAGCAGCGGUGCCUGCAGCGCUCUGGACUCCCAGGAUCACCUACUGCCUGCAUUCCUCAGUAGAACCACACAGCAGAGAUGCUGGAAACAUCUCUGCGGAGGUCACAACAUGGUGGCUACAGGUCCCGCCCCACCCACAGACAUCGACUUAGUCUGUUUUCCCAGUGGCAUUUAAAAUAACAGUAUUUGACCAGAAAUAAUCACAUCCAUUUUUUCUUGACAAACCUGACAAUAUGGAAUCACCCAUGUAGACAAUUGACAGGGACUGAAUUCUGACUGUCCUAGUAAGCAUGAUGACUCCCCCCGCCCCCCCCAGUAUAUAUCAUACUCGGUAGCAUUCCAUAGACCCUCCAGUAUCUGAUGCCUCUAUCAUGUAAAGACCUAGUUGCUUCUGGCUCCCAUGGGCCUUCUAGAGGUGUCCACAGUCAAAUCCUAUCUCCUCGUGUGUCAGAUAAAGAAACGGAGGUCCAUUCAGAUCAAGCAGCUUGCAUGUAAUGAUGUCGUGUUCGAACCGGAGUUAGAACCCAAGACUUCUGAUACAUAUCUCUAUGACCAUGAUUUAUUUCUUUAUUUUGAAGAAAUUUUAAAAAGUCGGCAAGAGCAGAUAGAUGUAUUUAGAGUCCAUGAUUGCCGUACAAGAGUCCUAUACAUCUAUUUGACUUAGGUCCAGAAUAGUCUUUUCCAGGCCAGCAAUGACUGUGUAUGUGACACACAAGAGUAGCCAGAGCAAAUGAGCAGAGCAAGCGCCUGCCUCUGUUAACUCUUACCUGCUGCUCUCUGUUUCGUGGUAGUGCCUCUUAAUGUUUCAAUGAACCCCGCUGAAGGCUAGCCCCUGGAUUGCUAUCUACCGGAAAAGCCUCCUUUCUUUGUUGUGGCAUCCCAUAUUUUACUUCUAGGAGCCCAGUCUUUCAAAAUCAGGAAGAUCAAAUUCUUCUACCUCAGAAAAACUGUUAAAUACUUGCACAGUGGCUCAUUUGGACUGAUCUCUGUGCUUUACUUUAGAAAGUUAAUUAUGGGCUAGUAAUAUUAUACUGACCCUAAGCAAUAUUUUUUUUUCUUCCUCAUUGAAUUCUAGACUUUAAGUUGAUGAACUAUGACUUUCUGAUCAAGUUCAAAGAUUGUGAGUCUGUCUUUGCUACAUGUUGACAGCCUGUGGUCUCCUACAGCAUACUCUGCAACUCUUCUCAAGGGUGUUAUACAUGAAUUACUUCAGGUGAUGAUAUAUUAAAUAGGUCAUCAAUAUGUAUGAAAACACACCAGUUGAAGGGAAGGUUAUUUGAUAAUAAUCAUGGAAAAUAGCAUCUCUAACACCUAAUAAUUGGCUGUUUUCCAAGUGCAUUUAUAGAAAAUGUACUGUUGGUUUUACAAGACAGAUUAACUAGCGUCCUUUUUUAAAAGGCAAUUGAUUCCUUAGGGGGGGAAAACCCCAGGGCAAAAGAAGCUUUUACUUGAGAAUAAAUCCACCUGGUGUUGAUUGGGGAACUGGGGAGAAAGAAGCAGGAGAGAGUUGUUUUUGUUCAU